UUUCGUCAAGAAAGUGAAAGUAAAUACAGUACGAGAAAUGAAAACAGGUGUUAUUAGUAUUAUGUAACAACUUUCUGUGAGUGGCUGCAUCGAUACAUUAAUUACAAUGUCGUGACAUCCAUGCUGGUGAAAGUAACAGCAUUUAAUUCUGCGGUCCCUCGUUAUUUACAUUUUCAAAAUUAAAUAUAGCAAGCUGGCGAGCGCGUACUUACUUCCUAAAUAUGACAUUUACGUUUGGGAAAGCGUGCAUUGUUUUGCUGGGAUGCGAUAUUUUGGUGGCCGUGUUGGGACAAGACGAUGAAUGGAUCGACCCCACCGACAUGUUACAGUAUGAUGAGACCUCGAAAACAAUGAAACGAAAGCUUAGAGAUCAGGAAGAGAGCCAUUGGGAUGCAGAAGUCGGUCAGUGUCUGAAGGCGCUGUACUUCUUACGGAAAGAGAUUCAAAAUGUAAAACUGAAAGCUCACGAAUUUAUGGAACAAGAAGGUUUGAACCUGGAUACAGGAAGCAAACUGGCCCAGCUGAUCAACAGCAUUCAACACUUAACUGAUCAGAAUGACAAGGAUUUUCAUACUAUUCCAAAUCAGUGCCUUACCUACUGUAUAAAAAUCAGGACAUCUACUACGAUGCUGUCGGACAGAUUUGCGCCAGAACUACUGAAGAUUACGACUUUCUUGUCAGAACGAAACACACAUUGGCUGCUCCUUGCUGUGACACUCCUGCCCUUGUUUGUCUACAAGCUAGCAAAAUGCUUCAGAAGAAAUGGGGAGCAGCAGCAGGAGGAGCAGGAGGAGCAGCAGGAGCAGCCUGGAGAAAUUGAGCGUCCUGAGGCCAACCAGCCCCCUGUUUACCGGAAUAAUGGCCAACCAGGGGCUGAAGAGGGAGACCACAGCAUAGAACAUCCCCCAAACAUGCCCGCUGAGGUCCUGGAGUCUGAAGCAGCCAAUAGCCAUGAUCCAGGACAACAGUCCUGGAUGGAGGAUUGCUACGAUGAGAAUUAUGAGCUCAUCAAGCCCCCCACGGCAGAAACUCAGCCAGCCAUUCCUGGCCACUGAAGCACAAUGGAAGGCGACGAACAAGAAAAUACCUCAGGACUUUAUUGUACCCCUGUUCUAAACUGAGAGAAAGUGACAUCUUUAACAUUUUAAUUUUGUGUUUUGUAUAUGCUACUACUGAACAUGUGCCAAGAACAUUUUUUUCUUAUUUCUCUUAUGUUGUAGUUUGAAUAUAAACCAGAGGAUCAGAACAAUGGCAGCAUGAACGGUGUGGAAUUGUAGUCCGUAGUUGUGAAUUUGCAUCCUUCCAUUGAUGACCUUCACUGAAAUUUAGUGUGGGGCCAUUCAUUAUUUUGUUGUGGUAGUGGUGGUUGACACUAGGUGGCAGUGUGGGCUGCAUAAGCUACAGAUCACUGUGGCAAGAGGGGGUCAGGGGCAUAGGGGUGAGGUGGCAAGGAGAUCAUAUGGUUUUUACUGCCAAUAUGCCAUAAACGAUAGUAACCCUCACGUUGUGAUAAUUGUAACCUUUAUAAUAUCGUUAUUAAAUGGGAACUUGACCCAAAGAUUAAA